CACAGCCCAUCUGCUUUACCUUAUGAAUGACAUCAUAAUCCUAUUGCUAGUGCUGCAAUAUUCUAACAGUCAUUUUCCUGAGCUACAGAGGCACCCAUAGAGCAGGUAGGAAGUAUGAAUUUGAAGUCUCCAGAUCAACUACUCAGCUUCUACACAUAUCACACCAUGUUGGGAAAUGUUGCCUUAUUCAUUUAACACAACAAGAGUUUGUUUUGUGGUUAACAAAAAAAGCUCUGAGUAGGUGUUUAGUAUAUAAACUUAUUGGCUAACAUUCAGCCUGAUCCUAGUCAUGUUUACUCAAAAGCUAGGCUCUACUGAGCUCAAUAUAUUCACAACUUACUCCCAAAUGAGUAAAUUAGUUUUGCAGCGUAUAUGAUACAACUUUCUAAGCAAAAGGGUGUCGUCAUUUUUAGGACCAUUUCUGCAUUAUACACCAUUUAUCAGGGUAGGCUGAAGGUAGGCCAUGAUCUACUGGAUAAUUUUUAUAGAGAAUGUUAGUCCUUCACUUCAUCCAACAUAAUAGAUAUUAUGUUCUUAAUAAUACACAUCAAGAUCACUUAAUACAGCAACAUCUUAAUUGGUAAGAUCCCAGAAUGCACUCUUGCUUUGCAUAAUACAUUUUACAGACGCAGAUGAAUUAUAAAAUUCAAUUAAAAAAAAAGUCAGUCAAGCACUAUCCUAGAAAACCACACUGUGCAGUUUAGGUGGGACUCCCACAAGGAAAAAGAAUGGUAAAUGGGGAAAAAAAUCAUGUUGGAGGUAGAGAAGGAAUUAUUUUUGAGGAUCAUAUGGUGGUAAGGCAGGAUAUGAUUUAUUUAAUUGGCAUAUCUACAAAUAUCCAUUCAAAGACAUGCAAAAGGGUUUUUAGAGUUGGAAUUCUUACUAAUUCUGGACAAAAAAGCACCACGUGUAUGAUGCAGGAGGUAGGUUUUAAACCAACAUUUAUUGAAGAUUUCCAAAUAUAUGGUUUAUAUGAUGUCUACUAAAUCAUAAGCGCCUUGCUGGAUCAAAGCAAAGGCAAAUCCAGCCCAGCAUUCUGUUUUCCAGUGGCUAGCCAUAUGUCUAAAAGGAGCCAACAGGCAAUUGGUAUUGCUGGAGAAUCAUUGCUGAAUUGUAUGCACCUCAAUAGCUCAUAGGCCCUAUUAUGUUCAAUAGGACUUAUAUGUAAACAUGUAUUGGACUACCAAUCCUAAAUGGAGGGUGGAGUGGAGAGGGAAUGCAUUGAUGGACAAUCUGCCACUUCUAAAGUCUACCAACUUGUACAGGCCGGGCAAGUGAAGGGAGAAUCUGGAAUUUUACUUCUUAUUCUCUGGCAGUUAAACAACCUGUGGAGCUUUCUGUGGCCAUAGCUAUGGUCUGCAGCUUAGACACCUUGCUCACCAGAGGAAAGGCACCUCAUCCUAACUCCCUUCAGCCAGCAUAUCUAGGGGUUAGGGUUGCUCUUAGCCUCAGCUGCUUGACUGCAUAAGUAAAGAAUGGGGAUAUAUUUCAAAUUCUCACCUCUUUCCCUUUGACAGUGUUAUUUUCUGUCCAUUCUACAGAUACCACCAUUUUUUCCAGACUCACUGCCUUGAUUGUGGCACCAUGGACUGCACCUGAAUAGGGGGGGAAAUCAUUUCAAAAAAGGCUAGUUUCCUCAAAUCAGAGAACCACAGAGGAACUAGAUGCAUUGAAAUAUCAACUAAUCCGAAACAUGCAAUGUGAAACUUGUCACAAAAGUACAAACACGUCUGUGAGCUUCCACUCUAAGCAGAAAAGUAUUAAUGGAGUACCAUCGGUAACGAUUUGCUGCCCUCUUUUGAGAGACAGUUCUGGGUAAUAUAAUUUUUUUGCAGUAAUUCUUUCUCUUCCCCCUGGGUCACUUCCUUGACAGUCUUAAUAAGUUUGCUUAUGCUUAACACCAACUUGGACAAAACCAUUUUCUACAUACUAACAUGGCCUACGAUGUAGGAAUGAUAUAAUGAUAUAUCACAAUGUCUGAAAUAAGGAUAUAUCACAGUCUGAAAUAAGGAUGGAGCUAUGUAGAGGCAUUGACUGGCUUCACAGUUCUUCCCGCAUCAUGAUUUUUGCAUAAUGCACACACAGACACAUCAUGAUUCGCAAUAUAUUGCCAGGUGAAAAAUUUUGAAACAUAUAUCACAAUAUGAACAUCAAACUAGUUUUAGAUGAUGUAUCAAUAUAUGGCCCAGCCCUACUACUAUUCCUAGAGAAGCUCAGUAGUUUUUUGGCACCCCCCUCCCCCAAAACACAGUUAGUUAUACCUCUGCUAGCUAUUGUUGAUAGUUUCCAGGUAGUACCAUUACCAACAGAAUAUGCCUUCUUAUAUCCAAAGGUCAAAAUUUAUUUUAGAAAAGUGUCUGCAGAAGAGGCGCGGAAUCCCCAGCCAAGGGGGGCAUAGGUGAUUCUCCUAGCUUCUCUAACCAGCCCUUGGGACUCUCCCCAGGCUCUGUUUGGUACCCACUUUGAGUGCUUUUGUCUGGCUGGAAUGUAUCCUUGAAAGUGAUACUCUUGCACAAAUCUUUCAAUCCAGAAAAGCAUGUGUGGAUAGACAAACCUCUAGCUUUUGCGUGGCUGGAAUAUAGCCUGCUGUACAAAGGGUUCCAAAUUCUUAUCUGUCCACUUUUGCCUCUGGCCAAGGUUUGCACCUCCACCCCCAAAAAACAAGCAAAUCAAUAAAAAUACUUAGCUAACCAAAGUUCUGCCCCCCCAGAAAGUCUGUCCCCCUAACAUAAACCAUGGCUAUCCCCAUGCCUCUGGCCCCUGUAAAUUUGCCCAGAAAGGAAUGUGGCCCUCAAAUGGAAAAAUUGUAUGUAAAAAGUUGUUUGAAAAAGUCAUUAAACCAUUUCGUAAAACUAAUUGUUCACUAUAAACUGAGGCAAAGUGAUCCUGUGAAUAGCUGCAUUAGCAGCUUGUUAGCUUAUAUGCACAAUUCAGAGUUAUGUUAUUCACCUAUAAAGCCCUUAACAGCCUGGAACUCAAAUUACUAACGGAAACGCCUCAUCUUAUUAGCAUUGGAGUGUCGAGGAGGGAAAGAAUUUCACCAGAUUUGUAUUCAGCUACGCAACGUCUGAGGCAGCUCUACUGCAUGAGGGAACCUUGUGUUAAACAAGACUGUGGAUGGUCAGUGCCAGGAUGGGAGACCACCGGGAAACAGCGUGUAACGCCCUCUUGGCUUCCAUGACAGAAGAAGGGUGGGAGAUAAGUACUGGAUAAAGAAAUGAAAACGAAGCAGGGGCUUCUCUAUCUGGCUAUAUGCUGGGUCCCUUCCUAUCAGUAAGUUCCAUUGCACGCCAGAAGGAAGGCGAGGAUAACUGCAGCGCAUGCGCAUUAAUUCUACAAAACCCCAGAAGAGGCUGAAAACUUUGGCUACGGCAAGAGGAAAAAGACACACCUAAACAGAUCGCGAUUUUUGUCAGGCUCUGGUCCUUUACUUACCAUUACUACGCUGAAUAUUAAUCACUAACCCGGGCUGAAGGCAUCUAUAAACGCUUGCGUCCAUAGUACUGGAAAAGUCUGGUUCUCUAGCGUCAGCAAAAAAAAGGAGCACCUCUCACUUCACAGACCGGUAUCGAAAAGAAGCAGCGAAGCAACUGCCGCCGUUUUGAACGGGGCGCGCCGCAAAGCCUGCCGGGAAGCUACGUCUGUCAGGUGACGUAAAUGCCUACAAAAAAACUACAUCUACCAGCACGACUUGCGGCGUCCGCCCCCUAAUUCUUUCCCCAUGUUUUCUGGAGAUUUACACUUCCGAAAAUGACGUGCAAGCCAAAGUUAAUGACAUGGAGCCUACCCGGAGGAGCGUUCUAAGGGGGAAAUGGCCUCUCUUGUGAUGGAGAAGCAGCUAUAUAGGUAGACGAAUGACGGGGUCUUUUAGUGCAGAUUAAUUGGUAUCUCGUAAUUUUUAACUUUUCCGUUUUCAACCUUUUUUGCGUUUUUCCCGAUUCAUUUAUUUUUGCCUUUUGGUAUACAACUUUUCCUUUUUUGAAUCUAUGGGAAUCUCGUGACGAUUGCCAAAAUUCAAUAUUAUGCACAUAUCGUAUUCAUGGCAUUUUAUCCCGCUCUUCCUUCAAGCUCAGGCACCCCGCCACCCGUUUUUAUUCCCUUUACACCCUUAUAAGAUGGGCUGCCUGAGAGACACAAGCCCAAUGUCACCGAGGGAGUUUUGUGGCGGAGGGGGCAUUUGCACAGGGUUCCCCAAGUCCGAUGGGCUAGCGAUCAGAACGCUACAUUUCCGACAGUCCUUCAUUCAUUGAUAUACAGUAAAUCGUAAUUACCGGUAACUUCAAAAUAAGCAGACUUUUUAAAUUCUUACUUCCGCCUAAACACCUAUAAAACUGCGCUAUGGGUCGGCAUUAAAAGAAACGAACAGCAUCAUACUUUUAACAACACUGUUUUAUGCCUGUUAAUUUUUGUGAAGUUGGUAAGCAUUCAAAUCUAUUUUUAACAGCAAAAAAAGUAGCCCCACCGAAGCGGGGCCUCAAAAAAUUAGUUGUAAACUCAUAACUGUUCCUCUCCACGGAAAUCUUUAGUAAAAGGCGAAAGAUUUAUACGAUCUGAAGAGAAACCAGAGUAUAAACUUAAGCCCCGUGGUAGAUUUGCUGGAGUAACCACGCCUGCUUCUUAGGUGACAGCAACUCCUUUAAACCAAGGGUUAAAAUCUUGCUUUUCAACAAUGAGUUAUAUUCCGGAAUUUCUACUUGCUUUUAGAACCAGCACAUGUAAUAUUUCACAACAGAAAUAAACAGAAAAUACAGAUAAAAGAAUUAAUUCAGCGCACUGCAUUAUGGUUGUGACUAAAUGCAAAAUAAGCUCACAAACUCUUCCUGCUUUACGCCCCGCCCUCACCCAAGCCGUCAGCAGCGCCUGGAUGCCCAUAUCUGUCAGCGGCUUCCCUUUCUGCUACAGACUUGUUGGGUCUUGUUCAUAAUGGUGGUUCAAUUUUCUACAUACAGUACUUGGAAAAAUGAUACCACUGGAUAAUUACGUAGUGAGCAAUGUAACUAACACGCAGGAAGUAGCAAGGCCCCAUAAAAAUCUUCACUUGGCUAUGGCAACACACUAAGGAUUAGUUUCUUUUCAAUCUAUCAUCUCCAAGGAAGAAAAAAAAUGCCCUUUUUCAAAAAGAGGAUUUCAUACUAAAAAUAUAUAUUUGCCAACAAAAUUUCUUUUCAAAUUCUAGUCUCAAACUCAGCAAUAACAAAGUUGCCAACCCGAACCAAUGGAUUGAAGUUACAUGAAAGCAGAUUCUGACUAAACAUCAAGAAGCACUUUGACAGUAAGAGCUGUUUGACAGUGGAACAGACUCCCUGAGAAGGUUGUGGACUGUCCUUCACUGGAGGUUUUUAGCACUGGCUGGCCACCUGUCAUGGAUGCUUUAGUUGAGAUUCCUGCAUUGCAGGGGGUUGGACUAGAUAGCCCUUGGGGGUCCUUUCCAAUUCUACAAUUUCUAUGAUUCUAUGAUACCAGUACUUGGUGUCUGUUUCUGCACUUUCUUUUAGGGUUAUCACACUCCCCAUAAAUACAUUUUCCCUGUGCUGGUGGCCAUCAAUGCGUCCUGUGGGAGCAAGUUCCUUAGUUUAAAUAUGUGCUGCAUAUUUAAACUACUUUUAUCUGUUCCAAAUCUUCCAACAUUCAGCUUCAUUGGAUGUCCUUGAGUUCUAGCAUUAUGAGAGAGGAAGAAAAUCUUUAUCCUUUUUCUCCAUACCAUGCAUAAUUUUAUAAUCUUUUAUUAUGUCACCACUUACUCACCUUUUCUUUAAACUAAGAAGUCCCAAAUGCUGUGCCACCUUUCUUCCCAGGUGAGUUGCUCCAUCCCAUUUAUCAUUUAGGUUGCCACUUUCUGAACCUUUUCCAAGUCAAAGGCGCACAAAUGUGCGCAUGGAAACAGACCCAUGUAUGCACGAAUGCCGGAGUGUAGAGACAGCCUUUAUUGCCCUGCAUAUAAACAACAGAAGAAGAAGAAUGGAAUUGCUUUAAGAACAUACACUCUCCUUAACUGUCCCUCCCCUCUAGUGACUGAUGCAGGGAGGUGGCUGACACCCCAACCAGGUAUUAUAGACUCAGCUCCUUCUUGGAUUCUCAGAUUGCACUUACGAGUUUCCCAGUAACAGCUCUUACUGAUUUGGUUAAUAUUAUGUAUUGCAUUUACUUUAGGCCUUUUUAUUACUACACCUUUUCAUGUCAUAAACUUUUUUCCACUUUGUACAUAUGGUUAGGAAUGGAGUAUAUGUACAUAAACAUUUUUAUUGAAGUGCUUGUGGAUUAGGCUUGCAGUAGCACACAAUCCAGGCCAGAUAUUACACAGUGCUAUUACAGAAAGGGCCCUGUCAGAAAUAUAAAAAGCAAAUAGAGACCAGGUGCACACACAGAUCUCCUCUCCUUAACAGAUCUUAGGUAACAGCAAACAUAAACAGUAGCUACUGCCAUGGUGAUUAUUCCAAUCACUCUGGGCUACUUUGCUGCAUCAUUUUGGCUGGCUAGCACCACCUGCCAGUUUACCAGCAUAGCAACUAUAGAAACUCCAUAUGCUGUUGUAGUCCUUUCCUGCAAGGAAGAACAAGUGCCCAGUGCCUUCCAAAUAAACACCACCCUUUGUGGAACAGCAGCAGCAGUCACUCCUCAUGAUGACGGAUCUGGUGGCUUUCCACUGUGCCAACUGCGGGAUGGGGUUCCGCUCCAGGCGGCUGCUAGAAAAGCACAUGGAAAAAUUCUGCAUUGGAGAGGAGACUGCAUCUGAUGCCAGAUACCGAAACAGGCAAGCCCUCUGUAAGGGGAAAGAACCUAAGAAAGCAGAGACUCCGGACAGCAUGGUAAAGACCUGGCAAUGUUUGUUAGACUUUCCCCCAACAUUUUGGGACCUACUAGCUUGUGUGCUGGAGGGGGAAAGUUAUGUGCUGCAAUUUUGCUGACUGCAUUGGCGUAUAAGGCUUUUCCAGUCAUACCAAAAAGCCAUCAAUAUUUUAAACUUUUUCCUGUGUAUGUACACAUACAGCAGAAGGAGGAGGAAGGUGUGCCUAGAUUUUCCCCCACCCCAGUUUCGAGGUGUUUCAUGAACUGAGAGGGUUUUGAAGCCUUCUGUUUAGAUAUUUUAGCUUCCAUGAAUUUGCAUUUGAGUAACAAUAUAUUUUCCUGACACCCCCUUUCAUUUAUUGGCUUUCUUUUCUGGGUGGUGGUUUCUAUGGCACAGCAUCAUCAGCUACAAGCACCAAAAACAAAGAAGCAUCACUUGGAUGGGGAAUAUGAGGAACAAGCACGCCACUCCAGAAGCUUUGAUCAUAAAGGAAGUAUUUCAGACAGCCAGGCCUUGAAGAAACUGACUGAAGAGGUACUGCAGAAAAGAAGAGAAGAGCGCAGAUCUUUGCUCCAUCAUAGAUUCUCUGUUUACAGUACUUCCAUUCUAAACUACUUUACUUAGUAGUUAAUUCAUUCAAACACUUAGGUUAUUUCCCCUCAUCUCUGAUGCCUUUUUAUUUUUUGUCACCACAGAUGAAAAAUUGAGCUGAUGAAACAAAGGGCUCAUCAUCUGAGCACAGCACCACAAGUCUAGCUUUCAGCUUAUGCACUUCUUACAAGCAUUUCAGAAAGCUUCCUCACCCCAACAUUUCAGUUGAGCUAAGGGACAAUAAGCUGCAGUCUCCCGCUAGACGUGUUUUCAGAGCAUUUGACAAACUUACCAUUAGGCUUAGAAAGGUCAACUAGUAACAUUGGCAUGGAAAAGGUUGUAUGAAACAUUGGCCUAUAGAUUCAGAGAAUUUGGCCACUAGUGUUGAUUUUCUCGAGUUCCAUCUGAAAUUCUAUUAGCGUUGUGUUCACCAACAGUAAAAAAGAAUGGAAGAGAGCCAGCUCUUUUCUCUAUAUGAUGUGCCAACAGCAAGAUUGCCAAUGGAAAUGCAGGCCUCUUUGGACAGCUGUAAGAAAUUCAGUAGGUGAAACCUUUCCUGUCACUGAGACAGAGUGAUGGAAAAGCUUCACCUGUAUCAUUUCUGCUUAACACACAGCAGAAGACACAAUAGUCCUGCCAGAAAAUAAGCUGGCAACCUUAAAUAAAACAAUAAACAAACCCUAAUUAGCACCCAUAACUUGAAUAAGUUGUUUCAAGAUCUUUUUAAUAUUGUGUUGUAGCUGUUGUAAUCCACCUUGGAACCUUGGGGUGAAGGGUGGGUAAUAAGUUGUAGUAGUAAUUAUAAUAAUAAUCACUAAAUCACUAAAGGAAUUCUUCCCUUUCACAGUUCCACAAACUGAGGAUGUCACUGGAAGACACUCUUCCUACAUUCAGGACAUUCCAGGCAGAGGUAAAACAGUGAUUAAAGACUUCUAAAAAAAAUGUUGCAGGCUUCUAGCAAUUUUAAUUCUGGAUUGCAGUGGAGUGCUUAAAAUUGCCAGAAUUGUGUGAGGAACAACUUUACAGAAACUCAUUGCCAUGGGGAGCUCCUUCCUGUGCUGUUCCAUUUUCAGACCAGAAAGUGCAGAUCAUAGCUCAGAACAGGGGGAGCAACACUAAAAGCUCUGCUCUGAGUUAAUGUGGAGCAGACCUGAGAUCUUUGGAAUUUGCAGGAUAAACUCUCCCACUGAUCACAGUGAUCUAAGGAAUACGGUGGUCUUCCCAGUAACCUGUCCUGGUAAUAGAUUAGUAGCCAAUACAAAUCCUACAAGCAGGGUGUUAUAUGCUAGUGGUAGUUGUUCAUGAGAUAAAUAUUUGAAAUCCAUUCCAAUAUGAUAUUAUUUUUGUAAUGGCUGUGUCCUGUCUUUCCUUACAAGGAAUUUAGAGAACAGCUUUAAGCUUUACCACUGAGGAAGUAGGCUAGUCUGAUAGAGAGUGUGAUUUACCCAAAGCUGAAUGGAGAUUUGAAUCUGGGUUUCUCACAUCUAAGCCCAGCACUCUGCCACUAAAUCAUGCAGGCUUUCAGUAGAGGGCAUGCCGAGAUCACUUCUUCUGGAAUUUACAAUUAAUUCACCACAACAUACCAUUUCUCAUGGGCAUUUAGCUCUGAAGCAUUGCAUCACUGGCAUAUCAAACAUAUCAAACUUGUCAUCUUUCCUUGACUCCUAGGAUAACGACAGACACCAGCGGGAAUACUGGAAGCGCCAACAGCAAAUGGCAGAAGAACAUGAGCGCCAUUUGGCAGAUAUCCAGGCCAGAAACCAGUACCUGGAGCAGCAGAAGGAUGGUAAGAGAAUGAGAGUACCUACUAGAUUACUGCCUUCUUGCUUCAGGUAAAGGGAAUGACCUGGAGUUCAAAACAAUAAAAGAUGAGCAAACAGCCACCACUAUCCAGCAAAUGGCCAGGCCUGAUACACAAGGCUCAUGAUACCACAAGUUCUACAGAAGGGAAGGAGGCAGUUAGACCCAUCCACAAAUACUACCGACAGCUAAUUUUGUACUUGAGAGCUUUCUUGUCUACUUACGUAUAUUUGGAGGAUGCAUAGGCCAAGUCCUCAGAAACAGCAGAUGACAUGGUAAACCUGUGUCCGGACUGUUCUACUUCAGACUGUGCGUGAAGAUUUUCAUGACUGAAUUCUCCUCCAUACAAAACAACAACACAAAACCCAUUUUGCAUAUAGAAGACUAUCAUUUCAGGGAAUAUAUUUAUACCCUAGCCUUCUCCCUGAUAUGCAAGUUUUCUAUAUGUAAGAUUUUUCUUUUAUUUUCAGAGUGGGGUGGGGGGGUAGGGUAUUAAGUACCGGUAAUAAGCACACAUCUGCAAUCUUUAGUACAUAUAAAGUGCAGGUUUGCUUUCCUUAUCAGGUGUUUCUGAGAACUAGGACAAAGGAUGCAUAUUAAUUCACCAGGGAUAACGUGUUCCCAGCUGGGCAGAUCAGGGCUCUGAUACAGGAUAAUGGAGAGAAAUGAUGUAUCUAUAUUUUGCAUGGAAAUCCAAUUCAGGGAGCCUCUGGAAAUAUGUUGACUUGGUCUAGGUGUUCUAAUAAAGUGUGUCAAAUUUUCUGUUUAUCCAGAGAUCCAUAGGCGCCUGUCUGAACUGAAACUAGGGAACUCAGCUACAUCUCAUAUUGAACAGCUGCUGGUGGAGUUGACUACCCAGGAGGGAAAAAACCAACUGGCUUUGGAUGCUCUGCGGAAACAAGUGGAACUCCUGCAGGUAUCAGCAGAGACCAGGUAAGGCUCAAAGAGGGAUCAUUUCUGGGAAUGGAUGGAGUUCCAUCAAAGGCUGGAGAAGCCUAAGAUCAUUCCCUAUCUGAGGUUGGAAUAGGGGAGUCAGAAAAGGUCAAAAAGACCAUUUGGGGAGUCUAUCCAUGACUCAAGCAUUGUGGGAAGCAAGUAUUAUCACUGAUUGAAAAAAGUAAGAUGAUACUCACACACCUUAUUGGGUUUUUUUUAGAAGCAAACCCAAAUCUCCCAUCAACAGACAGACAGACAUUGCUGAGGGCAACAUAGAGAAAAAGGUCUUCAAGUCUAUGUCAUUUCCAGCAGCAGUUGGACCCCUCUCUUCAGAGAUACAGUGAGUAGGGAGGGAGCUGCAAGACUAAAUGGGACAAUAUUUUCUGUAAACAGAAUUGACUCUCAAUUUAUUAGAUCUUUCACUGUUUGUUGCCUGUGGAGCUUUCUCCUGGAUUCCUCUCUGUCCCACUUUUGGGAAGCUCUGCAGUUGCAAGUUGCUACUCUGGGUGGAUGAGAAGCAGAUACUUUUCAAUGGAUGAGAGAGGAAACAACUUUCUUCCCAGUGGGCACAGUCAGUCCCUUUUCCCCACCAUGUUGCACAUCUUCAUGAAAUACAGGUAUUUAGCAAGCCCAGCUGUAUUCAUCUUCAUGCAAGGAAAAAUAGUUCCUUUGAUUCCCCACCACCACCACCCUGAGCUAAUAAAGACUUUGAAAUGCUGUCAGAAGGAGAAAAUCUAGCAAUAGCACCAAUAAAUUGAUGAUUCAUUUGUGUUUCCCUGCAGGGCACUUUACCUGGCUUAUUUGCAGGGGGGAGGCAGUGACCAUAACAUCCUCCGUCAGAUGUAUGAGCUGCAGGUGGAGGCCACAGCCCUGGAGAAAGUAGGAGCAAGGCCUGAGCACAAGGGCAGAAAGAAGAGUGAGCUUUGUUUCCCUGUUUUCUUCUCUCCAAACUUGGAUAUUGUAGUGUUGCAUGCCACACCAAUAUCCAAGUAGUGUGUAAUUCCAGGGGUUCCAAGUGCUUACUCCACAGUGGAGACUGUGGUGUCUUUAUGAUAUAUAUAUGAUACACACACACACACACACACACACACACACACACACACACACCCUGAGCCUACAAUAGAGGAGCUCACAACAUUAUCAGCCCAAAACAGUUUUGUUUAUCCCAUAGCCACAGGCUUGAAUGCCGGCCAUCAGAAAUUAGGCAUGGUUCUCACAAGCAUUUUGCUUCUUUCCUUCUGGCUUCUAGCUUCUAGCUCACAUCACUGCAGCUUUCAACUUUGUAUUUGUCCUUCAACUCAUCUCACAAAGAACCCCUUUCCUUUGUUUACCUUAAUGGCCCAUCACACAGGUUAUCACCUCAACACAAGAAGGUAGCCUGGCUUAUAUUUUAACAUUUUCUGGAUCCAGGUUAGAUUUAGAAGGCUCUCACAUACAGCCUACUUCCUCCCCCACCCCAGCUUAUAACAGUAUCAUAGACUAGGCUGUCUCUUGGACCCUUGGGACAAUGUGGCACUCUCUAGAUGCUGUUGGGCUUCAAUUUCUAUCAGCCCCAGUCAACAUGGUCAAUGCUCAGGGAUGAUGGAAGCUAUAGUCCAACAUCUGGGUGGCAUCAUGUUGGCUGUCCCUGCCUUUAGGCCUUGAGCUCAAAAAGGCUUUACUAUUCACAGCCAAGUGAGAAUCAAUUCCACUGGACAGUAUGGUCCUCUUACAAAGCUCAUGUGCUAUCAUAAAUGUAUAUGAUUCCAAAUGGUUAUUUGCUGAUGAUGCAGAUUGAGAAACCUUAGUACAGUGGUGCCCCGCAAGACGAAUGCCUCGCAAGACGGAAAAACCGCUAGACGAAAGGGUUUUCCGUUUUGAAGUUGCUUCGCAGGACGAAUUCCCCUAUGGGCUUGCUUCGCAAGACGAAAAUAUCUUGCGAGUCUAGAGAUUUUAUUCGCUGUCACCCCCCUUUAUCUAAUCUGCUAAGCCUUUAAUAGCCUUUAAUAGCCUUUUAGCAGCUAAUCCCCUAAGCCUUUAAGCCUUUAAUAGCCGCUAAACCGCUAAUAGCGCUAAUAGCGCUAAUCCGUCAAUGGGCUUGCUUCGCAAGACGAAAAAACCGCUAGACGAAGACUCUCGCGGAACGGAUUAAUUUCGUCUUGCGAGGCACCACUGUAAAUACUUCUCGCUCUUUCACGUCUCCAAGCCAUCUUUGUUGUUGAUUGGCUCUUCUUGUCCUUGCAGAACAUGAAGGUAGCCCGAACUCCUACCCACGGGGUUUGGAUGCUGAGCUCCUGUCUGUUGAGCUGGAGAACCAGAGGCUGGAAGAUGAGAUAUUAAAGUUGAAGAUCCUGAAGGACAGAAGGAAAAUAGAAGAUGGUGGGGACCAUAGCCUACUGUAUUGAAGUUGGGCCAAAGAAGUUUAAGAUACAGUAGCAGGCAUCAAUCUCUGCAAUUCAGGGCAUUGGCAUAUAUAUCACCUAAGCAAUCACUUUGAUUUGGAGGUUUAAGUGGAAGUGCAGAGUAUUCUCUUUGGACAGUAACCAGAUCUGUUUGCUGCUGGCGAAAUUCAGCCUCCAUAGUUGUCUAUUAUGGAGAGAAAUCAUGAAAGAUGGCAGAGAUGGGCUGAGUAUUCUACUGCAGUGAGCUUGCCAACCAGAUCGUGGUUCAUUAUUCUCCUGGGCAUUUGGGUGGUGCUAAGGUCUGGUGUUUGGUUGUUUAUUUUUUAUGUUCAUCCUUAUUCAAGGUGGGAUGUGGUUAUUUUACAUUGUUGGGUUUUUUUGUGGAUGAACACUUCUAGUAUAUUUGUUUUGUUUUAAUGCAUUUUUAUUGAUAUUGUUUGUUAUCCCUGUAAAUCACUUUGGAACGCCUUUUAUGUGAAGCAGUUCCUAAACUAAAUGCACCAAAUCUCAUCUACUCAUUUGACACAUAGAUUAUACUGCCAGGAUUUCCAAGCAGGUCCUUUUUCUUUGUGAUUCUACACAUACCCCAAAUUUUCAAGACCACCCCAUCUGCAGUAUGGAGGUUGCUAAUGGCCAAAGGUGCUCCUUGAAAUGUUGGGCAGGAAGGGGGCAACAUUUCCACAACUAAAUGGCUUUGGAGAUGUAGCUGAAAUGUUCAGUAGUGCCAGUCCAGCAAAAACAAAUAAGGACAUUGAGCUGGCUUUGUUUUUACAAAGAGCCAGAUGAAUAAUAUGCAGGCUCUUGUCCCACCUCAUAAGGAUUCUUUCCCAGUAUUGGCACAAGCAAUAACUGUGUUAAUGGGCUCCCCCUGCUCAUCUUCUUUUUCAUCAGGGUCUUCAGGCACAGAGCUGGCGCAACUGCAGCGGUUACACAUGGCAGAGAUGGCUCAGCUGCAUGCAGAGAUUGGCAGCCUGAGACAUGACACAGAGAGGAUGAAGCUAAGACACCCCAAGAGGGGGUCACCACUACCCCGGCUGCCACCUCCUAUAGCUCCACCCCUGCCACCUCCUCCCCCUCUUCUUGGAUUGCCUGACCCUACCUUUCCAGCUAGUAACAUGGUUAGUGCCCCUUUAACUUGGGAAACCUCAGGCAAAAGUCAUACUGAAUAUCUGCUUUUGGAGCGGAAAUAGUAUAAAAAUACUUCUAUAGUUUUAAUAAUUCAGAGCUAUCAUCCUGUGUGGCUGGCUCUCUCCAUAUCUGUGUUCACUCCAGAAAGAUGCAUCCAGUGGUGCAUGCUCUGCUUGUUGCAAAUAUGCUGACCAUUUUGCUCAGGGGUGAAUGAUUUAUCUGAAGCUGUUGAGUUAUAUUCUUAAGAGUUUCCUUGAGGCAGCAAGCCUCAUUAUUCCCCCUAAGACUGAUGCUGGUAUUUCCUUUUUCUAUUCUUUGGUAAUGUAAAACAGCUCUCAUAUUUCUGCCUGCUAUAGGACCCCAUGAGAGCAUCUGCCACAGCUAUGAGCCAGUACUUCCUGGACCCUUCUGAUGCCCUGGGACCAGCGCCAUAUGAUCCGGCGUAUGUCAUUUCUAUUACCUGUAUUAUUCUGGGUUGAGCUAGUGGGAGGGCAGCAUAUGUUUUUUUUUCUGUCUCAUUCUUGCAUGGAGUAUUUGUAGACACUGCCAUGUAAAGUGAAGAUGUUCAUUUUUUCCAUCCUAAUACCAUUCCUAGGGAUGCAUUUUGGAAUCUAGCCUGUUGAGUCUUCUGGACUGCAGCUAGCUCAUAGAAAAUAGCUGUUGUUAAGAGUUUGGGGUGGUGGGAGAUAGGCUGUAUGCCUAAACCUUCCUAAUUCCUGGAAGUGCCUAGAACCCCUGGAAUUUCACUCAGCUUGGGGUGGCAUGCAAGCUGUGUUAAUUAUUACAUGAGUGUGACAAUUAUCAUCUCUCUGCAGGUCUGGCUUUGUGAUAUUCUAUGAUUUUCUUUUGGGCCUGGAUCCCACAUUCUAUCAAGUCUGCCUGGUCUCUGGCCUGUUCCGCAAUGGGCAAGAGCUGGGCAAGCCCACCCCACUGCCCGUUGUCUCCUCUGAUAUGGGUCAAUACCCACAGUAUGUGACUGAUGGGCAAAGAGGGUGCUGCGCCAUCUUAGCAGCUAGGCAACCAGUCCCAAGGUGAGUUUCAGUGGCUUUUGCCAUAACAUCUCAUCUCUUCUGUUCCCGGGUCAUUAUCUGGGCAGCCAUUCCCAGUUGGCAAAGUUAUUUGUUUUCAUUGUUUCAAUGUAUAUAGUGUACAGCAAGAUAAUGCUCAAGACAAAUGCAAUGAUAAGUGGUAGAAGAUUCCUUUCUAAAAAAAACAAUGCAAAGAAAACAAUCUAUCAUGAACUGCUUUUAUCCUGACCCUUUAGAAGACCCAGGGCCCUAUCAUCUUGGCAUGGGAACCACUCACUCUGGGGAUUAGUAUGAGUUUCAGAUUGCCAUAAAAUAGGCCGUUUCAGUCCAGUUUUGCACACGCCAGAUUCUUGUCUGUUCUUAUUUAGAGGUCAUAUACGUUAGUGUCAUAUAGAAGAUAGUCUUCUUUGCCAAACCCCCAUGUGAAACAUGGCUACAGUGAUUUGUAGAGAAAAAGGUAGGCUUGUAUGUAUUACCUUUGUCUGUUCUUGCUUUUCAGAGUCCUUCCUUCAACCACCAUCACCCUCAUAACUGAGCUUCAAGCAUCUGGAGGCUUUGAUGCUUAUGGACUGGAGAUCCAGAAUCUGGCCCCCAGGGGGUGGGCCAAAAUCAACAUCUUUGACCAUCUACAUCAAGUGAUGUGUGGGCGCUGGAAGAUCCCCAUCCGAGUGCUUCCUAUGAAGCCAAGCCUUACUCCAGAACAGUUGAAUGGUGUGCCCCAGGUGAGGACCUUUAGCAAGGGUCAGUGCAGAGUGCCCAGAAAAUUAUUUCCUGACCAACAUGAAGGGAGAGUGUCAUGCUCGUGCUCUCAGGAGACUCAUGGUGAACCAUUAACAUUGGCACUUAACACUGAGCUCCUACUUUCUGCAUUGUGCUGAGUGUGAUUUGAGACAGAUUCAAUCUCAGGCCUCAUUGACUGAAUAGAAACAUUCCUGGAAUGAUGGCUGUUCCUCAGAACACCUUGGCCAGAUCAAGAUAAAUUAGUCCAACAUCGUCUUCAGUUAUUUUCGUAUCUGUUUUAAUCCCAACCAGACCACACCUUGUUUUUUCCUCACAGCUGGGCAAAGCAGAGCUGUACUUGCGACUAGUGAAUGCAAGAGAUGCUGACAUGCAGUCAAUGGCAGAGAUUCAUCCAGGCAAUGCCUCCUUGUACAAAUACCCUCCUACAGUGAGUUGAACUGCAUGGCAUUAUUGUCUCUUUUGAAGUUAUUUUUAACUCUUUUUCUAGUUAGCAUUUCUUGAAGACAGAUUCUGAAAAACAGGUUCUUUGUGUCCUCAAUAUUUAUUUGCUGCAGAGAACCAGAAUGACACCAAAAAGAAAGACAAUUUGAAAUAAUAGAUAAAUGGUGAAAAAUUGGGAAACCGCAAGGAGAACAUGAGCACAAUAAUAGCCUCCCACUCCUGUUCCCCAAAAACUGGUACUUGGUGGGAUACUACCUCUGAUCCUGGAGGUUAUAGCUAUCAUAACUAGUAGUAGCCACUGAUAGCUGAACUGGAGGUUAAAGCUAUCCAGAAUCCAUGGAAGAUAAGGCUAAGAGCAAACUCAGUGAAAAUGUAUUAAUUAUAUAUUUCAAAGGAAUAAAUGAAGUAUGCUACCAUCUGACUGAAGCCUUUUAAAAUCCCAGCUAUUAACUAUUUAGCACAUUCAUAUAAAACUCCAGAUGAAUUAAUAACUAAUUCAACAAUUAAGUAGCUACUUUAAUUCCUAGCAUAAAAAAUAAUUCUAUCUGUCACUCAAUUGAAAAGUCCAAGGUUCUCAAGUAGUGUCUCAGUGAGAUGGGGUGCCACCACUGCAGUCUCUCAAACACAGUGAGGCAGCAUGGCAGAGCGGAUAGAAGCACUGGGUUGGUGGCAGCAGGAACAAACAUACACAUCUAUACCUGCCGCUACCAAUCCAGUGCUCUCCCACCCUUGCUGCUGCACUGACUUGCACAGUCCUGGGCCCAGCAAGCACAUCAUACAGCACAACUGGUUCCAGGUAAAAAAAAAAAAAAAAGGUCCCAAAUUGUUGGAAAUCGUGAAACAAAAGCUUAAAGUUUUCCAGAUAAAAUUAGUACUGUAUUACCGAGAGGCGAAAGCAAGUUUUAAAUUUCCAUCAUCCAAUGCUAAUACUGAGUGGAAGCAAGAUGGUUUGUAGAAAUGAUGGCAGGUGGAUGGCAAACUCUCCACUGGAAGGAACAUUUGAAAAGUAGGAUCAAGAGAUUGGAAGCCUUCCUUUCACCCCCAGUAUAUUUACACUGCCCUCGCCCUGCUUGUCAUGCCACCCCACCUCACCUGUUUAAUUCUGUUGUAUUUUGUUCUUUCAAAUGCAGGUGUCCAGUUGCACAGCACCCCCUACAGACUUUUCUCCAGCCCAGCGCUCUUUCCACCCUGCCCCCACCAGCCUGUUCUUCUCUGUCCCUCCUUACACUGGCUUUGUUGACUCUCCUCCUGAUCAGGAACAGCCUCUCCAAUACAAACCCAAUAAAAGGUGAGAAAGGAGGAAGACCACCCCUUUCUCCUUUCAGGACUAAGCUUUCCUUCUAAUGAAGAUAAGUCAGCAUAGAAAUGCCUACUGUAUUCCUUUGUAUACUUCUCUGUGUGUUUUGUGUAUAAAUGAAACAACUAAAAGAUUAUGCAUCUCUAAUCCACCCACGUCUGUGAUUUUCUCUGUAUUUUUAAUUAAGGAUAUGGGUGCAUCUGCAUGAGGUUUUGGUGGUGCAGGAUUGGAUGUACUGUACUUACCCAUCUGCACAGCAGAGGGUAGUUAUAGUCUGCUCUGCCUGCAACUGACCAUAUAAACUAAAGCACAACAUCAGUUAAUAUUGUCUUUCCACAGACUAUACCAUACCACAAGGAGAGCUUUCUCCUGACCUUCCCAUUGGCAGCAGAACACAAAAAUGUGUUCAGAAUAACUGUUUGUACAUAUGAUCCCUAAAAAUGUAAUUCUUCUGCCAUGAUUAUCUAGAGUCUUCCUUGUUGUGUGUCUGUCUGUCCAUGUCAAUCACUACAAGGUUAAAGACAUUCACACAUGCAUGGCACAUUAGUCUAUCAAUAGCUGUUAACUGGAACAUCCUAUAUUCAGAGGCUGCCUCAUUAGCAAAUGCUGAGGACGCUGCCUUUGGCUUUGUUUAUGCAUUGGAGAGGAUAUAACAGAGGCACCUUUUUAGUCCUAAAAAAAAAUAAUACAAAAAUCCGCCGUAAAACCAAACUGCCUCUAUUAAAGUAGGCUGAUAGGAUCAUGUUUCUAAUUCUUUCUCUGAGUCAAUUUCAGUGUGAUUACUUUAUAUUGGAAGUCAUGUACUUGAAGUGCUUGUGAAAUGCAAAAAAAAAGCAACACAAAAAAUAUUCCUGAAACAUUCACCCUCUUCCUUUAGAAUUAGUGCCCCAUCCACCCUUUUGAAGUGAUCAAUUCUGCAAGUCUUCCCUCUUUAAUCUUUAAGGGAUCACCACUGGAUAAUAUUUUAGUGUAUUAUAUUUUAGUGAUGUCAAGGGAUGCCAACAACAAGAAGGUUCUCUCUGCGACUGCAAGAGUCAUAGAAUCAUAGAAUCAUAGAGUUGGAAGAGACCACAAGGGCCAUCGAGUCCAACCCCCUGCCAAGCAGGAAACACCAUCAGAGCACUCCUGACAUAUGGUUGUCAAGCCUCUGCUUAAAGACCUCCAAAGAAGGAGACUCCACCACACUCCUUGGCAGCAAAUUCCACUGUCGAACAGCUCUUACUGUCAGGAAGUUCUUCCUAAUGUUUAGGUGGAAUCUUCUUUCUUGUAGUUUGGAUCCAUUGCUCCGUGUCCGCUUCUCUGGAGCAGCAGAAAACAACCUUUCUCCCUCCUCUAUGUGACAUCCUUUUAUAUAUUUGAACAUGGCUAUCAUAUCACCCCUUAACCUCCUCUUCUCCAGGCUAAACAUGCCCAGCUCCCUUAGCCGUUCCUCAUAAGGCAUUGUUUCCAGGCCUUUGACCAUUUUGGUUGCCCUCCUCUGGACACGUUCCAGUUUGUCAAUGUCCUUCUUGAACUGUGGUGCCCAGAACUGGACACAGUACUCCAGGUGAGGUCUGACCAGAGCAGAAUACAGUGGCACUAUUACUUCCCUUGAUCUAGAUGCUAUACUCCUAUUGAUGCAGCCCAGUCAUUCCCCUCUGAAGAUUCUAAGCAUCUUGGUAACAUCUGCUAAAUUAGCAUUUUAAAGUGGUUCUGUUCCUACCUCCUAGAAACUGUUCUGGUCAGUACCCUAGAGGUUAAUCCUUUCCCACUCAUCUAGAAUCUCUUUGAAAAAGAAAUGUCAGCAUUUGCCUAUUUCCUUUAGGUAGGAAAUGCUGGCUGUCAUGGUACCAGCAGGGAUGUAUGUAAGAGGCCACCCUGGCUUAGUAAAGUUUAAGUUUUAGAAUUGGCUAAGACCAAUACCAAUAAAUGUAGGCUACCAAGAAGUAACAUCUUCUAUUUUUGUUUCUUUAGAAGCUGCUUGCUCUCUUUGAUGUUUCCUUCCGUAUGUGCUCAUCAAUAAGUGCAUCCCUGUGUUUGUGGGCUCUAAAACUGGUGCGAAUCUAUAGGACGCCUUCUUUUUUUAAAACCAUUGUACUGUGCCUAGUUAUUUUAGCAACUUAACAAAAUAUGUCUCUCCCACAUCUCUACAGCCACAAGAGGAGUUGCAACCUUCCAACAGUUUGACUUCACCUCCAAAGGUGCAUUCCUCCACUGUCUCCCGAGACAAAUGAAUGCCAACAAAAAUUAGUACAUAAUAUGGAAAACAAAUAAUUGCACACGAGCUACUUUCAUAUUCAUGCCCCAAAUGUCUCCUAGAUCAGAGAGCGAUAAAACAAAGAGGGAAAUGAUUCUGAAGCAACUUCACAUAAACAGUAUAACAAGAGAAGCAGCCCCCAAGCUGACUUCCUUUUAGACUCUGUGCUUUUCUUCUGUGUCUUUUUCUUCAUUCAGUAGCCAUAAACCUAUUGCCCUAUUUUGUUCCACAUCAACAUGGCUUCUACUAUAGUUUAGAAUCUUACUUGUAUUGGGCCUCAUUCAGUUUUAUUCCCAAUAUUGUGGUGAUUACUUUCAGUGCCUAAUAUUUUCAAUGGCAAUUUCGUCGAGAAUGUCCUCCUGAAAAAGGGAGGUGCAACACCAUUGCUCACUCCAGAUACAGAAAAGGAGUAGGGAUGGAGUACUUGACCAAAGAUAUCAGGUAGAAAGAUUCCAUUCAGCUUUCUGUCAUCCUUUUAGACUACCUCAUGCCAGUCUCCAGCUUGUGGUGGUCGACUUAUUAUUUGCUAUGAGCCUAUUUUAGUUUUGCAUGUUGCAGAGUUGUCCUGUAGCUUGCUAAUGAAAUACACAUGAUUCACCAGAUCCUCCCAAGGGGAACCUUCAUGCAUGUAAAUUAAACUCAGCAAAAGUAUUUUCCUUCCUAUGUCCUUUCUGAUUUGUCACAUUUUACUUACUCUUACCCUUAUAUAAUCAACUACCUUUAACAUUCCUUUUCUGCUCCCCUAACACCCAACUGGGCAGUAUAUAUGGUUCUUCAAGAAACCCCUUUCUUGCCUUUGUGCUGCAGUAUGCUCACAUGCAUCAACCUUCCCCUCUUUUUUCAUUUCCCCCCAUCUCUCCCUGUUACCUUCCUGGCUGUGGCACUGGCAGCACCCAGAAACAGAAACCAAAGGCUUCUCCAUACCUUCCUAGGUAAAUACGAAGUAUCGUUUGGAUUUUCCUUUGCAGGGGUAUAUUUCUCUCCACAUUCUGCUGUCGCAAUAGAAAUUGGCAAUGAGACAAUUGCUCUACUUGACUUUAACAGCCAGAUAUACAGUAUAUCAAUAUACAGUGGAUCAAUUGCUCUCUACUUUUCUUGUAACCCAGCUUUAUUGCUUAAUCUAGCAAGGUUCUGAUUUGGUGGGGAACUGCCAUUUUGCCAUUCAAGAAGGGGAAAGGUGCUGCUUGCUGUUGAAGGACAGGGGCAACAGCUGAAGAGCAGUGGGUUAAUAAGCCUCUGAUUAUUUCAGGAAAUUUGAAGCAGUGCUCGAGUGGCCACAAUCCCAGCAGAAUGAAAGAAGACAAUUAGGGUUCAUCCUUGAUAGAGUAAAAGGCGCCCCACCGGGAGAUGGGGCUGUCCGGCUAACUGGUUACCAUCAGAAAACUGGUCAGGUAUGGAACAUGUGUGGCUCUGUCAAUAGCCCCAAUGUCAUAGUUGGUGUUCAGCUAGCACCCUGGUUCAGCAUUCUAGCAGAACCAUCCUGGAGUUCUUUAUUAUUUUAGGAAGAAACACCAAGAAAGCUUAAAAAGGAAGUUGGACCACGUGUUACAUUUUUCUCAAACUUGAUUUCAGGUGAUUGCCACCAAGGACUCGGGACUGAAUUACUGCACCGAUUCCAUGAGAUCCAAUAUUAAACAUGGCUACUUCGUGUUUGGAGAACAGGAGGUAUAGAAUGGUGCUUUGGCAGGAGAGUGUUAGGCUUGGAGAUGGACUUAGGUUUACAUCCCAGUCCAGCUGGGAAGUUCACAGAGUGUCCUCAGACAGGUUAUUAUCCUUGCACUGAUUGGAUGGUUACUUAGCACUACCAUUGCUGCAAGCGCUAGAAUACUGUACAGUGGUAUCUGGGUUACAGACGCUUCAGGUUACAGACUCCGCUAACCCAGAAAUAGCACCUCGGGUUAAGAACUUUGCUUCAGGAUGAGAACAGAAAUCGUGUGGCAGCGGUGUAGCGGGAGGACCCAUUAGCUAAAGUGGUGCUUCAGGUUAAGAACAGUUUCAGGUUAAGAACGGACCUCCAGAAUGAAUUAAAUUCUUAACCCGAGGUACCACUGUAUUUGUUUCUCAGAGGCCAAGUUUGCUCAGACCUCACCACAACUCAGUCACCUGUUACCAGAAAUGGUAGACCAGUUCUCUGAUGCUAGAUAAGUAUUUACAUUGGUUUAGAGUAUUUACUUUCCCCAGUCCUGGGGAUAAUUCUUGUGGAUGCCCAUGCUUAACUAUAAGAAGCACUCAUGUUGCUUGUUUGCAAAAUAUGGGCUUUAGGUUUUCUUGCCAAUGGUGUAAAAGCAGUUCUGAGCUCAGAGAAAAACAUGCUCAUUCCUAAUCCAUGAAAACAGUUAGGCGGUUUUUGAGUAUGGUGUAUGGCAGAGGGAAUUGAAGGGUAGAAGGUGCUGGAAAUUAUAGCACUACUCUUGGCUCACCUGAACUGCUUCUUUUUGUUUCCUUCAGGAAACCUUCUGGGAUGUUGAGCCACAGCAGGACAUGAUCGUUAUUGCUCGCUUUUACCACUGGCCCAGUGGGAGGGUGGCACCCACCCCCUGGGACAAAGGAUUCAAGCCUCAACACCAGCCACUACUAGGGAGUGAUGAAUGGCUGGCUGCCUGGGCUGUGCUCAGACUGACCAAGAUGUAUGAAUCCCAUAAAGUGAUGGUUACAGGUAUGCUGCAGGCAUUUCUGGUUGCCUGGUGCUAUGAUUCCCCACAGGAAUUAAGGUUUUCCUAUUACUAGUCUAGGAAUUAAGUUUUCUGCAUUCUGCUUUCACAGGUGCAAUGAAGAAAGGGGAACAUGGGAUGCCUGUCUGGAACACAGGGACUCAUACACUGACUCUGUAUCAUGGCCCUGUGCCACCUGUUGUAGCUCUGUCAGUGAUGGUAAGUCCACUCCUGUAAAGCAAACCAAGGUUAACCAGGUAGGUAAAGUACGCCAAUAUUAAUACCAGCAAAAGGCUGAAGAGAUGUUAAACAACUAAUGACUCGUUCAGUCUUGCUGCUUUUAUUGAUGCAACACUCCUUACUGGCUUACUCUAGUAAAGACUUACAACUGUAAUCUUCAUAGAGCAAUAUUUUAUAUGGAAGCAACAGUAUGUAAUAAUAAUAAUAUAAUAAUAAUUUAUUAUUUGUACCCCGCCCAUCUGGCUGGGUUUCCCCAGCCACUCUGGGCGGCUUCCAUAGAAACAAAAAAUACAGUAAAAUAUCACAGAUUAAAAGCUUCCCUGAACAGGGCUGCCUUAAGAUGCCUUCUAAAUGUCAGGUAGUUAUUUAUCGCUUUGACAUCUGAUGGGAGGGCGUUCCACAGGGCGGGCGCCACUACCGAGAAGGCCCUCUGCCUGGUUCCCUGUAGCUUUGCUUCUCGCAAUGAGGGAACCGCCAGAAGGCCCUCGGCGCUGGACCUCAGUGUCCGGGCAGAAUGAUGGGGGUGGAGACGCUCCUUCAGGUAUACUGGGCCGAGGCCAUUUAGGGCUUUAAAGGUCAACACCAACACUUUGAAUUGUGCUCGGAAACGUACUGGGAGCCAAUGUAGGUCUUUCAAGACCGGUGUUAUGUGGUCUCGGCGGCCGCCCCCAGUCACCAGUCUAGCUGCCGCAUUCUGGAUUAAUUGUAGUUUCCGGGUCACCUUCAAAGGUAGCCCCACGUAGAGCGCGUUGCAGUAGUCCAAGCGGGAGAUAACUAGAGCAUGCACCACUCUGGCGAGACAGUCCGCGGGCAGGUAGGGUCUCAGCCUGCGUACCAGGUGGAGUUGGUAGACAGCUACUUAAGAGGACUGAAUCAUUGGUUAAGCCUCCAUUCUGUUGUGUGUUGAUUCCUUGGACCAUAUCUAGUGCUGCAGCUCCACUGGAAUAAAACACUGCUAUGCAUGCAGUAGAAGCACAUGGGGGCAGAAGAAAUGGAAUUUCUGUUGUGCCAGUGAAGCUAUGUGCACAGAGCACUGGAUAAAGCCCCAUGUUUUAAGCUGUGCCUUAUUAUGCUUUCCUCUUGUUUCAUUCCCAUCUGCACAUAAUGCUUUGCUCCUAGUCAAUGGAAGAGAAUCAUCAGGACUUCAAGAUAUAUGGUGAUGCUACUUUAAGACUGCACGUCUUCAGCACCCAGAAACCUGAGCAGCCUUUCCCACCAGAGUCACCACCUCCACUUGACCCAGCAAAAACCUGGCCUCAUGUGAGUGCUGGGCAAGGACAGUUUUACAGUCCCUACAGGGCUUGGGAUAAUUGGGACAGACCUUCCACCUCCACUCAGUACACAGUCUGGCUGCAUACGUAUUAUAUCUUUAAAGUGUAUCUGAAGAACCUCCUUUCCUUCAAAGAAUUCUGGGCACUGCAAUUUACAGUUCUUUUAUCUGUCCUGAAUAUUCCAAAAUUCAGCUUCAUUGGGUCUUCAGGAGUUCUGGUGUUAUGAGAGAGGAAGAACAACUUUUCUCUAUAUACUCUGUGCCAUGCUUAAUGUUAUAAACAUAUGUCACAUCUCAUGCACAUUUUCUUUAAACUAAAAAGUCCCAAAUCUGCAAGCUUCCUUCACAGGGGAGUUGCUCCAUUUUCUUGAUAAUUUUGGUUGCCCUUUUGUGAACCUUUUCCAACACGACAAUAUCCUUUUUGAGGUGAGGUGACCAGAACGGUACACAGAAUUCCAAAUGCAGUCACACCAUAGAUUUGUAUAAAAGCAUUAUGGUAUCAACAGUUUUAUUCUCAGUUCUUUUCCUAGUGAUCCCUAGCAUGGAUUUUGCCUUUCUCACAGUUCCUGUACACUGGAUCAACAUCUUAAUUGAGCUAACUACUAUGGCCCCCAGGUCUUGUUCCUGGUCAAUCACUGCUACUUCAGACCCCAUUGAGAGUAUAUGCGGCAUUAAGAUUUUUGCACCAGCAUCCAUUUCUCUACAUUUGUUUACAACGAAUUGCAUUUAUGUUUGCUCAUGAUAAUAAACUGUUCGGGAUUGUUAAAACAAAAGGACCUUUAAACCGAGUGAAAGUGCAGUAAAAUGACCAUUUAGUAUCAUCACAACUUUUCCCCCCACAGGAAGCUUUUAUUCAUCAUUUCAGGGAGACCCCUCCUGUAGAGCCUUUCAGAGCUGGAGAUGGCUUUGAUCUAUACAUUGAUGGAGCCCGCUUCCUGCCUGAUGGUGUCACUGUUACCAGGGUCACUGCUCGCAUCUUCACCAGUGGUUUCAUGCAGUAAGGAGGAACAGUUCUCUGGGUUUUUCUUCCCUAAAAUGCCAUCUUUCCUCUGCUUCUCCCAGGCUGCAUACGUGCUAUGUGUGGAAUUCAAUGGGGCACUCUCACAAUUGUUCUGUCUGUGCAAGCCUUCCAGACAGAAUGACCCUGUCUCCUACCCCUGAUUUUAAUGUUUCUAUGGUUAUGUCCUGAAGCACGCAAAGGGUUUUGCUUCAGUUCAAGGUGCCACGACAACAGAGGAGCUUAACAAUGCCCUCUUAUGGAAAACAUCUAGCUGAAGGUUGUUUCUGCUUCUUCCUUUCAGAAUUGGGCCAGACAUUUGCACUGGGAUUGACCUGAAUAGCAGCAUAUUUGAUCCACUUUACAACUACUCAGUUGAAAUCAGAGAGCCAGUGAUAGCGCCUUGUGCAACUCUUCUAUUAAAGGUUUGUGCUGGUAUGGGUAAAGGGCGAGCAAAGAAUGCUGCCAAUGAAUGAAGCAUGUCCUGUUGGGGGUCAAGAGUUAGGAAGUUAAGGAUCUUUCCUUUCCUGGAAUGGAGCUGGAACAACUCCCCUGUGUGGAAAAGUUACAUCAUUUGGGGCUUUUUAGUUUAGAAAAAAGAGUAAGGAGGCAAAUGACGGAGCUGUAUAAAAUUAUGCAUGCCGAGGAUAAACUGGAUAGAGAGACAUUUUUCUCCUCCUCUCAUCGUAUUAGAACUGGGUGCUAUUAAUGGCUCCAGUGGCAGAGGCAUUAUACCUCCAAAUACCAGUUGCUGGGGAACACAAGAGGGAAGAGUAUUGUUGGGGUUAGGUCCUGCUAUUUAUUUACUGUUUAAUGCCAAAAUAGGCUUCUAAGCAACCUACAAAAUAUAAGAGUUGCACAAACAUUAAAAUAUAAACACCCAUAAUUAAAAUGCAACAAAACAGGUGUAUACUAAAACAAAGUAGUAGUUAAAACUGGAGACUCAGGUCAAGAGAUUAAGAGAAUGCCCGUGUAAGCAGGCUGAGGCAUAUCUUCAAAAGACAGCAGAAUGCUUGCAGGCUUCCUAUAGGCAUCUAGUUGGCCACUAUGAGAACAGCAUGCUGGACUAGGUGGGCCUUUGGUCUGAUUCUGCAGGGCUAUUAAUAUAUUCUUCAUGGAGGACAUUAUGCCAACAUCUUCCUGACCUCCAACACAAAACAGAACUAUGGGUCUAGCUGCCAGGGGGGGAUGAACUAAUGUCUCUUGGUAUUUUACAGGUUUAUUCCAUCAAUCGCUUAACCUCUGAGCUCAUCCAAAUCGGUUGGGCAGCUCUCAAUGUUUUUGUGCAAUGUGGAACACACACAGCCCCUGAACCAGAGGCCAAGGGGAUGCAGGUGAAUUAACUGAAGGGGAGUUCAGGGGAAGCAGCCUCAGUUCUGAAAAUGAAGUUAGGACAUGGUUUAUAAUGCUGAUAGGCUCCAGUAGGAAAAUGCCUUCUUUCUUCAUGGGUAUUUCAGGAACUCUCAUUCUUCUGUCAACCAAAGUGCUACAAGAAUGUUUCACAUUCCCACUAGAUCUCACAGGAUAGGUUUUUACUAUUAAUGCUCAUGCUUUCUAGUGCCAUGCCAAAAACCCCAUCCCACCAUAACUGCUGUGUGACCUGGAGCCCUACCCAAAAAUCUUGCUGUUUCUCUACAGUUCAGAUGCAAAUGGUAGGAGGGAAACACAAUAUAUUUCCCAAGGAGGAGGAAAAAGGGUCUGUGGAUAGAUGCUGAUUACUGUUUUCCUCAGGUCUCCCUCAAUGAUGGUGCUCAUCAGCUCCGUAUUUUUCACAACAGUCCCUGCCCAGAUCAGCCCUUCUCUACCAGCUCUCUGACAUCAGUAGGACGGUGAGCCCCUCUCACUUACAUCAUUUCCAAUUCCUUCCCCAUCUUAUCAUCAUACAACCUUCCUAAUAUCUGUCUUCUCACUUUCCCUGUAGGUAUGUGCCCUGUGCAACCCUGCUAGUGAGGCUUAUCAAGGCGCCUGUAAAUUCCAGCCAUAAAACUUUACAAAGAAGCAUGGUCCCUCAGACAAACUGGGCCAAAGUGGGCCUCUUUCAGUCCAGGCCUGACUAUUCUGAUGGUGUCUAUUAUUCAGACUCGGCCAAGCCUACUGCAGGAGAAAGUUGCUUCUAUGAAGCCAUGACCAACAGGUAAACUGAGUUUCUGUCUCCUCAGUGGCUGUAGGAUGGAUGGAAGUAAAAAAGGUGGAAUCAUAACAAUUGUGGAAAAGUCUCCCUUAAGAGGAUUGCCAGCUAUUACUUUUAAGAAUUUUUGGUGUCACUGUAGUCACAUAUAUAAAAGCUGAAACAUUAUAGUGUGUUCUAUGGUGGACUAUGUAUUUGAUGAGCCUAUUGUUUGGAAAUUUUUUUUAAUCAAAGGGCAGAAGGAACCUUACAAAACGUUAACAGUCCAUCUUACAUUCAAAUCAGAUUAACAGAAGGGUGAGCCAAGCAUCUCGCCCCAUGCAUCAACACACUUUGGUAGGAAAUGAUAGAAUUCCGUAACUGUGGGCUACAGCAAAAACAGCUUUUUGUUUCACACAGGUCUGUUGUUUCAGUGCGGGAAAUAGUUCACCAGCUUGAAGGUCCUAAGAGUUUAAGCACAGAUGAGGAGGUUGUCACCUGGAUCCAUCAGAAACUAACCCGGGUGCCAGGCAGCAGUCCACAGCCUUUCAGCCUCACCUAUGUCUCCAGAUACAUUCCCACCUACGGCAUCAAGGUGAAUAGCUAUCACACUCACAGAAAUGCCGUUUAGCACAAAAUUUUAUACAUGGCUGGAAUAGAAUACUAUAGAGAUGGAAGUAAGCUGUGUUUAACUCAGUAGUCACAUCGAUAGGAAUGCUGGCUACUUAUAACCAGUCUUGAGUAAUUUCUGCACUUGAAAAUAGUUAUCAACCUUUAACCUGGUCUCUGUUGCUGUGCCUUUAGCUACAUGUUGAUUAACAGGCAUUUAUCAACUUCUGAAGACAACCACUAGUAUUCUUAAUUUUCUAAACAAGUUGACUUUCUCAGCUGUAUUACUUCAUAUUGCUAAGGACAAAAAUUCCCUGCUCACAGAAAACUGGCAUGUCAGAGUAAUUUGAAAUGGUAUAGUUGAGAAACAAAUUUAGUAUUUAAUGUUUGUGAGCAAACUAAGCUUUGGCUGUGUGUGUACAGUGCUCUUAUCCAGACUGACAUCUAAUCUCUGUGGUAUUGCAGUUUGCAUUGGACAGAGGCAUGAACUUACCAUGGUCUGGCUUGACAAUCGCCCAAUUCUGCUUCAAUCCACCUGGGGCAUGUUACUUUGGGGCACAAUGGCUGAAGUAUGAUUACCCCAUCUUUGUUGAGGAGCUUGACAAAAACAGCUACCAGCAAUGGCCUGUGUGGCUUGAUGGCUUCAAGGUAUCACAUCCUUUAUUUUGUUGUUCCGUCACUCUGUAAGCCACCCUUCAGUCACAGGACUCUGAGAAUGGCCUACAACUAAAAAAAGAUGACACUGGGUGUUCCACUCAGCAAAGGAUAGGCCGUUGCCUUUCAGUAAGAUGGGUCCCAUGCUGUAAGAAGGAACCAAUCUGUAUUUCAACACUGGUUUAUCUGGUAUUUUUCACAAGUAAUCUGUCUUAUUCAGCAGAGUCUACAGCAAAGUGGCUAAAUGCCUCCUGAGCCUAGUAACCAGUUAACUAAGAUGCACUGUGUGGAAGGUAACUAGGUGGAGUUUUAAGCAGAAUUAUUAGCUCCAGAAAAGUUCAGCAAAGUAGAAACAUUCUCUCUAGUGAAUUAGUAUUGCUAUAAUUAGGCUGAUUCCCUACCACCUAUCCCUACUAAAUCUGUAGCCUAUAUUUUGAUACCCUACUGGGGUUCAAACAUUUUUGCUAGCAGCGAGGCUCAGGGUUCUUAAUUUCUGUUCCACAUAAAGGAAGUGUGUGCAUUCCUUUCAUAAAUCCAUUGCUGCCCAAUUUUUUUUUACAGAAACAUGUCAUAUCACCAGCAUUUACUCACUGCCUUAUACCAGGGGGCUCCGGGUAUGUGAAAUUUAAUUCUGUGUUAAGGAGACCUGGCAUGAUUUUGAAUGAGGCAGUCUGCCCAUGGUGGAGUACAGUGUAAGCUUUCUUACUGAUGACCAUAUUUAUUUCCAAACUCAUAUUUGUGAACCUGUACACAACAGGUGGCUCAGCCUUUCCUUUCAGAACCUGCAACUUGUUUUUCAGACCUGUCCCCACAGAGUUUACCAUGAAUAUACAGCCAUUAUUAUUCACCUGUACCAAGGUGUGGUGAAUCCUGCCCAAUGUGCCUCGGGUGAAAAAGAAUGCCAAGCAGCACAAAGAAGAGUCAUGCUAAAAGGGGAACAGUUACAUUACACUCAGAAAAGUGGGGCAUGGACAGCUCUUCAUGUGUUUUCCAGAGGUUACUGCAACACUGGCAUUUACCAACUGCCCUUAUACCAGGGGGCUCCCAGUCAGGUAUAGUUAACCAACCAGCUAAAAGUUACGACAUACAUGCCAAUUUUCUUGCAAAAACAAUCAAAUUCCAGCAGCUGGGCAGGGGCAUGCACUUAUUAGCGCACGCGCACACACGCACACACACACACUCUGUACAAUGUUUCCCUGCAUCACCUGUAUAUCACCAUUCUGUCAAGCUGAAAGUUAUCCACUUCCCCACUUUUGAGCUUUAUGUGAAUGCAGCAUCAGUUAAGAACUGAUGGCUCAUCCCCACAGAAUUCAGUACUUUCUGAAGUCCCUACUUGUGUACGCUUAAUGCCUGCAAAUAUCUUAGCAAUGACAAAGGGUACAAAUGGCAACUAGUUCUCCCAGCUUUUGGAGGUGGUGAUGGUGCAAAGCAAUGAACCAGUGCCUAUAACUGCGAAGCAUUCCCCACCCCAUCUUUGGCUUAAGUGUCACCAGCUCUUGACCCACUUGUUUUUACACACUACUAUAAUUUAGUCCAAAGUCAGCAAUCAGUUUCUAAUUUCAAGAUGUUGUUUGGGGUGUGUACAAAAUUAGUAAGCUUUACAAUGUUACUUUGUAUUGUUUUGGGAACACUACUCACUAUUUCUCUCACUUAAGGAAUCUCUUGCAGUAGUCUACUAAAAGAAUGCUGCAAAGAAACAGUAGGUGGUUUGUUCUUUUCUGGUUCAAGGUUUGUUCUUUCCUUAACAGAUCAUCCUGGCUUCCUUAUCUGAAGGGAAAUGCAGCAGCAUUAUGAAGAGCAUGCUCCAAAAGAAAGAGGUAUGAGACUAGUUAAGCAUAGAGCAGUAGCUGCACAAAGCUUAUCCAAGAAGUAAAAUGGUGAAGUAAGGGGAGCACUUGCAAUCCUUUUCUAGAUCGUACUAUACAGGGUAGUAACAAAAACUGAUGCAAAAGGUAGACCACACAAAUCCCAAUUUUCUCAAACACUACUGCAAGUGCAGAAAGUUCCAAGGAGCAUGGCUGGCAAAGAUUUUUGGGAGCAAGACAGAAGGUGGUUUGCAACAUCAGCCCCACCAUCAUACAAAUGGAUUCCAAAAUGUGUGUUUGUGCUGCAGAGAUCCUCCCUGAAGACUGCCAAGUCAGAUAAACCAAUGUACAAGACUAUGUUUCUUUAUAAUGUAAUCUUUAAAUUGAAAAUUUACCUGAACCAGUGGUUCUAAAAUGUUUUUCUUUCGGCCACACUUCCAAGAAUAAAAACUUGCUCACCCCAUACCAAAUUGUUUGGUAAGAAAUACAUUGAGAGAAAAGAAACUCAAAUUAGUGUUUUUUUGUAAAUAUAUUUAUCCAUAGUCUGCAAAUAAUUUUUUUUUUGAUACUACUGUAUACUACACUGAAAUGUUUAAAUAUUUGAUUGUCCUUGAAUCUUCUUGCCACACCCUUUGAGAACCACUGCUUUACAGAUUCAUUUGGGUGCAAUGGGGAACAUUUAUGUGGUCUACUAACCCUGGAGUAGAAGGCUCCAGUAUAGAGUAAGGAGGCACUUGGAUAUUCUGUAAUUAUAUGAAAACCUCAACAGCCUCAGGUAUGACAGGCGCCUGCAAUCUAUGUAAGCCCUACUUUAUCCCCAACGUUUCACCAUUAUUCUUGUUCAACAAUCACACAUAUAAAAGAAUGUACUUAAUGCUAUAGUUUGAAACUUCCAGAUCCAGUUGGUGCCAGGUGCAUCUGUGGUUGUGCGCAUAGCAGAUGGAAGAUGGGAUGAACUCAGAUAUACAUCAGGGGUACGUAUACUAGCUAAGUGAAUUUAAUCAUCACAAACUUUUCAUUCCACCCAGGAAAACAAAAGGAUGAGCAUACUAAUUAACCAUCCACUGGAGAAAACCAAAAGCAAUCUCACUUUCAUGUUUACCAUUUAUCAAUUUUCUGUGCAGCCAAAUUGUAAAACAGAGCCAGGUGACUUGUUUAUAGUAGAUUGUCAGAAAUCACGUAUACUAAAAAGGUUACCAGUAACUGUUCAGAGCACAAACUAACCACACAUUAGAUCAUCACAUCCUAGCUGACCUCGUCAUUUGUUUCAGAGUAUUGAUCAAUCUUAUCUGCCAGAGACAACAGAUCUGUACCAUAAGGAACCCUCUGGAAGAAAAAUUGCAGAAUUAAUGUUGCAGGAGACUUCAAGAAAACAGGUAAAAUUUGCAGCUCUCCUGACAUAAAUGAAAUUAUAUUUAACUGCAAGGUUUGAAGUACACCCAUUCUAGUGAGAUCAGAACAAAUGGAACUUGCUACAUACAUUUCCUGACCGAAAGCUUUGCUCCACAUUCUCCAUACUGAAGAAAUGAACCUAUGCUGCCAAUUCUUGUAGUAGACCAGCAAGAAGCAAGCAGCAUAUAAGCGGCACACAAAGCACUACAAAACCAUUCUACAUUCUAAAUCUUAUAUUAAUAAUCCAAAAAUUGAGAGAACAAGGUACAAGAUCUACUACAGAAGCCACAAACAGAAAACUCACUUCAAAUUGUGUCCAAAAGUAAGAUUCAGGAGCCUGGCUAAAGGAACUUUAAAGACUGAAUCUUCCUUUAGGACAAAAUUUAAAUGAGUUUUCUGUUUGUGGCUUCUGUCUCAAUUUUUGGAUUAUUAAUAUAAGAUUUAGAAUGUAGAAUGGUUUGGUGGUGCUUUGUGUGCCGCUUAUGUGCUGCUUACUUCUUACUGGUCCACAUUCUCCAUAAGCAGUGCAGGUUUAAUUGUGACUUGCAUGUUUUUCUUUCAGACAAAGUUGAAGGCAUUGGAACAAAUUUAAAGAGAAGGAACAAGACAUCUUAGGCUACAUACUAGCUUACUCUACUGGCAAUCAUUGCAAGACUUUAUUAAGUUUAUGAAGAAUGUCCAUCCCGUAGCCUAAUACCUCAAGUGGCCACCUGUGUUUUAUUAGUGGUUAUGGUAAAGUAUAUUAAUGUAGCUGACAUCUUGGCAGUGAAUGAGGGAUAAUCACCUGCUUGAAGCAGCCAUGCUAUUUUGCUUUUUUAAAAAAACCCAGGUGUCACUUCCUUACUUGGAAACUGCACAAACAUUGGCUGCUGUGCACCUAAACCUGCAUCAGUUCUCCGGACUGAGUAUUUUCCAUAUCUUCUUUAUACCAUUUCUAAGUAGUGGUUUAAUUCUAGCAACCAUGAGCCUCUCACCCUUAUAUCAUUUCUCCCCAACAGAAUCCUACUUUAACCUGGGCUCUUCUUCCAGCUGAGUUAAUGUAAUGUGUCUGACACACAAAUGAGACAUUUUGCAUCAAACACAAGCCUGAUUCAAUUUUUUAGUUUGUCAAAGAUCUAUUUUAAGUUCCACCCUUUGUCUUCCCUCCUAUUUGCAGCUACUCUAGCCUGCACUCUGCUUGACUCCCACAAAAUUUGCUAGGAGGCUCAUCCUCUCAAAACUAUUUCCAGUCUGACACAGUAGACAUAAAUGGUUUAGUGCAGGGGUCAGCAAACUUUUUCAGCAGGGGGCCAGUCCACUGUUCCUCAGACCUUGUGGGGGGCUGGACUAUACAUUUGGGGGGGGGGGGGUGAACCAAUUCCUAUGCUGCACAAAUAACCCAGAGCUGCAUUUUAAAUUAAAAGGACACAUUCUACUCAUGUAAAAACACGCCGAAUUCUGGAGCGUCCGCGGGCCAGAUUUAGAAGGUGAUUGGGCCGGAUCCGGCCCCCGGGCCUUAGUUUGCUUACCCCAUGAUUUAGUGCUUCCUCAGACUUGCAGUUUCAAACUAAAUCCAGGAAGAAAUGCCACCAACAUUUAGGCCCCAUAUCUGCUCAGUAUCUAGGCCACAAUUUUCUAACCACAAAAAAAUGCUGCUUUGCUUCCUAAACCCUUACAAACCAGACAUUUACAAGUCAGUACAUCAACUGAAAGCCAGCCUGGCACUGCUGUUGUAGAACUGGCUAGGAGGCAGAUGCAACCAUCUUUAGGUCUGCUGAUGGAGACAAUAGGUAUUUAUGCAUGAAUACGGCUGAAUUUUAUCAAAAGGCAGUGUUAAAUGUUUGAGUAAUCUUUAUUGAAUACAAAAGUUGCCAAAAGUGAAAAAAUACAUUAUAUACAAAACCCACUGGCCUUGGGAGGGAGUGUCCAAUAUUAAAACUAUAUCAUACAGCACUUUGAACUGUUUCAACUUGUGGCCUUUCCUCUGCCUGUAAAAAAAAAGAAAAAAGAAUUUAGUACAUGCAUUUGUUUUAUCUGACCAGUUAAAUACAGCUCUUGAAAGCAUUCAACACACUUAUGUACAAUUGAUUACUUAAAUGUAGCAUGGCUGCUGCUGCCUCUUGACAGAAGCCAUUAACCAAAUUACGCUUAGAUAAUUUGUCUUAAAUCCCUUUCUCUACUUCUGAUAAUGUAAAGAAUUAGGACUCCUACAUAAAUAGUACUUUAAGCAAAGUUGCUAUUUCAAAGCAUCCAAGAGAUACAAGUAUACAGAACUAGUCUAGCAGGUUUAGUUUAGACAGAUUCCAACAUGCAUUUUGACACAAGCAAAUUUCCAACUUUAAGUGGUCUGGGAGAGAAGACCAACAAGCAAUUAAAGGCAGGCAGGAAAGAUGAGCCUGGGAAACGGAAAAUAUACAGAAGACUCCUGACUCGACAGCCCACCUCCUCUUCCUUUUUCUCUGCAACCACAUUUCCACUGGGGGUAGCAUCACCACCACCAUUGACAGCCGGUUCUGGUUUAGAUUUCUUAGCUUCAUUAUUUCCUUGUUGAGUUUCUUCCUCGGGUUUCCUCUGAAG